UUAAAAGCCGAAGCGAAGCCGCCUCUUUUCUCCACGAUUCGAAGAAGCAAUGAACAGUGCCGUGGCGCAGAGACUUCAACGCCUCUCUCUCUUGCGAUCAACAACAAGGUACUUGUGUUCAAUCCCUAACCCCCAAAACGACGACGUUGAGAAAAUCUUUCGCAUAAUCUCCGAAUCCCCAGACCCAAAAUCUCUGAAACACUCCCUCAAAAAUUCCCAAAUCCCCCUCUCCAAUGACCUAAUCGACCGAGUUCUCAAAAGGGUCCGCUUCUCCCACUCCAGUCCGCUCUCCGCCCUGGAGCUCUACAAAUUGACUUCGAGAAUCAAUGGAUUUCUCCACACCGCUUAUUCCUUUGAUACCAUGCUUUAUAUUCUCGGCAGAGCUCGGAAAUUCGAGGAAAUUUGGGAACUUUUGCUCGAAACCAAGCGAAAAAAUCAAUCUUUGAUAACCCCAAGAACUGUGCAGGUUGUUUUAGCUAGGAUUGCUAAGGUUUGCUCGGUUAGGCAGACGGUUGAGUCGUUUAAGAAGUUUAGGAAGCUUGUCUUCAAAUUUGAUGUGAGUUGUUACAAUGCAUUGUUUAGGACUUUGUCUCAGGAGAAGAGCAUGAGUGAUGCUAGGAAUGUUUAUCAUUCAUUGAAGCAUGAAUUUAGGCCUAAUUUGUACACCUUUAACAUCUUGUUGGCUGGUUGGAGAUCUUGCGAUGAGGCGGAGGCGUUCUUUGCUGAGAUGAGGGGUAUGGGAGUGGAGCCGGAUUUGGUGUCGUAUAACUGCCUUGUGGAUGUGUUUUGUAAGGGGAGGGAGAUGGGGAAGGCGUAUGAGUUGAUUGGGAGGAUGAGGGAUGAGGGGAUUGAUUUGGAUGUGAUCACGUACACGUCUUUGAUCGGGGGGCUGGGGUUGGUUGGGCAGCCAGAUAAGGCGAGGGAUGUGUUGAAGGAGAUGAGAGAGUAUGGUUGCUACCCUGACGUUGCAGCUUAUAACGCGGUGAUAAGGAACUUCUGCAUAGCGAAGAGGGUAGGGGACGCGUAUGGUUUGAUGGAGGAGAUGGCGGGGGAGGGCUUGAGCCCCAAUGCCACGACUUUUAAUGUGGUGUUGAGGUCGCUGUAUUGGGCGAAUGACAUGAGAGGCUCGUGGGGGUUGUAUCUGAGGAUGAAGGGGAUGGGGUGCUUGCCUAGCACGCAGUCGUGUAUGUUCUUGAUCAGGUUGAUGAGGAGGCAGGAGAAUGUGGGGCUAGCACUUGAGCUGUGGGGUGACAUGGUUGAGAAGGGGUUCGGGUCCUACAUUUUGGUGUCGGACGUGUUGUUUGAUUUGCUCUGUGACGCGGGAAAACUGGAGGAGGCGGAGAGGUGCUUCUUGCAGAUGUUGGAGAAGGGGCAGAAGCCUAGCCAGGUUUCGUUUAGGAGGAUCAAGGUGCUCAUGGAGUUGGCUAAAAGGGAUGAUGCUCUUGCUAGUCUUUCGGAGAAGAUGUCCGCGUUUGGACCUGUGAUACAGAAGCGGAGGAGUGAUGUGGACGAGCUAGAUAGGCCCGUCUCUGGCACUAUGAUCUGAAAGGACGCGUUGUGGUUCAUGAGACUCGACAAGGAUUCAAGAAAAGGUCCAAGCUUUUCGAAAUGUGGUGGUUCUUGUUUUGAACCGCCUUUGAGGGCAGUGAUGGAGCGAGCGUUUAGGCUCGUGGGAGUGGCCGGGGACGGGUCGGAAGAUGGCUAGUUUGGUUUGGUUGGAGAGGGGAAUUUGGGAGUAAACAUUGAAAUUUUGUGAGACUGAAAAUUUGAUGUAAUGAGUGAUUGGAAUGUAAUUUCAAAUUUCGAAUACAAUAAAAUAUUAAAGGCGAAA